UUUAAGUGGCAGGUCUGACGACAAGAUAGAGCUCGAUCCUUGCAGUUUCUCGCCUGUUUUUGUGUGAGUCGUCCGUAGCGAAGUGACUGAGAAGAAAGAAGCAAUUGAGAGCAUGGCAGCGUCAUCUCAACUGCUCCACCACCUCUUCCGCCCACCUCAAUUGCAGCCACCGCCUCCUCCCUCCUCCUCCUUUUCUCUCUUUCUCAGAUUCAAACCCCUCUUCCGCUCAACAGCCUCCACUACAACCACACUAUCCAAAUCCUCCCUCCCCCAAAUUCUACUCUACACUACAACUCAUUUCACUACUUUUCAUCCAAUUCCUCCAUUCUCUCAAUCUUUUGCCACUCUCACUCCCUCUCCUCUUCCUGCUCAUAGUGCAUCUUCGGCUUUACAAGAAGGACAAGAAAUAGAAGAAGAAGAUGAUGAUGAAGAGGAUUUUGACGACGGGAUUGAAGAAUGUGACGGUGAGGUUGAGAGUGGAAGUGAAGACCAGGAAUUGGGAGGGACUGAUGGAGAGACUUCCCAAGCGAUGAUUGUGAAUUCUUCGUCUUUGUCGCCUUUGAAAUUGCCGGGUCUCAGUGUAAAGGAGAAGAAGGAGCUAGCCUCGUACGCACACAGCUUGGGGAAGAAGCUCAAGUCUCAGUUGGUGGGCAAGUCUGGUGUUACUGCUAGCGUUGCUACCUCGUUCGUCGAGACCCUUGAAGCUAACGAACUUCUAAAGAUUAAAAUACACAGGACCUGUCCGGGGGAGCUAGAUGAUGUGGUUAAGCAAUUAGAGGAAGCAACUGGUUCGGUGGUGGUUGGCCAAAUUGGUCGAACGGUGAUUAUUUACCGACCUAGCCUUUCCAAGUUGAAGGCAGAGGAGAAAAAGAAGCAGGCUCGGAAAGUUUUUGUGAGAAGAGAGCCAAAACUGAAACCCACAUUGCAGAGUAAAGGACAGGUAUCAAGACUAUCUGGGCGUGGUCGCCGGGGAAGCAGCAGGUUCUAGCUCUAAAAUAACCUUUGUGGCUAUGUGCAUGCACUUGCAUUUUUGGUGCCACAUUUGAUUUCCAACAAAUUCAAGGAAGCCUGUGGCCUUCUCAAGCAAUAGGAGGGUGCAUGAAGCAAAGAGAUAUCGGUUCAAUGUUUCACCAUACUUGGAACGUAAGUUAGAGAACAAUGGGGUAGCUUGAGGAGCAAAUACUUUAUAGUUGAUACCAAGAUGAGACUAUUUCUAGAUUUUCACUUGCUUCCGACUUUUGAGGAUGAGACUAGUUGCCACGCAUGUAUUCUUGCAAUCUCUCCAUUUUAUCUAAAUUAAUGAUUAUCUCUA